AGAGGAGAAGAGCGAGGCACACUUGGUAGAAGCAGAUGGGGAAUCUCUGAGGUCACUCAUGGAAACCUGUGCCCCUGUCUUCAAGCUCAUUGGGUCUGAAAAGCAAAACCGACUCUGUACCUAGGGACAAUCUAGCUGGCCAGUGUGUCCAGGUUAAUCAAAAUUGGUCUCCAGAGAAAACCAACCAAGCAUGAGUCUCGUAUGGAGACCCUUAUCUCCCUUUUGUCAAAGCAGGCAAAUGCUCCCUCAGUUAACUGAGUAGACUGAAGCAGCAUCUCAGGUAAGAGUUUCUGCUGUCCGCAGUUCCCUAGGAGAUGGCAUUGGUCCAUCCAAGCAGCUCCCCACCCCACCCCCGAGGGAGUGUCCCCCCCAUCUGUGCCUUCCUUGAGGAAAGCCUAUGCACUUCUGCCACUGGCAGCACGUGCCCUGCUACCCUGCUGGUGACCGGACUCCGCUUGUGCUCCAGGCCCAGUGGAACAGAGAUGGGAAGCCGUAGACUUGCAUGUCUGUCAAGCUCUGCCUUCAUGCCGAAAUCCCCUUUGGGUUCUGCACCCUUGGUGCCAUGUUACCCUCUCAAAACCCCGGCUCACUUCCAUGUUCCGGGGAAGCAAUUAUGACAGGUAAGCUAUCGCUCUGGAAUACGGGCCAAGGAGGACAGACUGGAGUGCCCACUUAGUGUGUGUGAGGAGCUGCGAGCUGCUCUCCGGCAGCAGAGACGACCUUAAACAGCCUGCCUGAGCAAAGUUAACUCCGGUCACUUGAGACCAGUUUUAGACGCCCCCAUACUUUGAAGACCAGCUGUCCUAUUGAUGCCUAGGUACCACACAUUAACUAACUGAGGUACCUGUAACCACUUUAACCUACGUUGCAAUUAGGGUACUUUGUGCUGAUGUGUGUAUGUUUUGAGAUGGACACAGAAUGGGCUGACUUGUAAAAAGGAGUAUUGAAUUCGUAAAGACAGGACAAAACACUGAAAUAGUGUUAACAAAAGGAGGCAUGGACUCUCAUUUGGGCCUUUUAAAAAGCGCAUGUCCAAAGAUGGUCACAAUUCGGUGGGAGUACUUUCCCUACAGCUUCUAGGUGGAGGGGCGGGGCUGCGGGUAGGAGCUCUGUUCUCCCGUCAGCUUCGCUGAGCUCAGCGUGGCGGCCCCUCUUUCAAACGAAUGGUGCACUGGGAAGACUGAAAGCUCCCACGCUCGGAGUUCGCUCAUAAAGUUGAAGGCAGAAAGUUCAGCUGAGCGGGGAAAGCCACCGUGGUCUUUGAGUCUACCUCCCAGUGACCCGUAGACAGAGUGGACGUGCCCCUCAGGGUUUCCCGGACUAAACCUUACAGCCCAACAUAGAACCCACUUUGCCACCAGGGCCCUGGUCAGGAGAAAAAGAGGAAAGAGUCACUUUUUUAAAAAUGUCUUAACCUUCAAGGCAUUACAGGAAACCUCUCUUGUCAUUCUUUUUCUCUGCGGGUUUCAAAUUCAUGGUUUUAAAAGGUGUUCCUAUCCAUGAUAGUUAAAGGUAAAUGAUAACGAAGUGUGACGUCUAAGAAAUAAGUUUAUGUUCUAAGUCAGGAGUGCAGUAAGCUGGACAAGUGUGCUGAGGCCAAUCUAGAUGAAACUGGGGGGACAGCCGGGCCUUCACCGAUAGGGGAGUCUCUGGGGCAGCAGAGGGAAGAGGUAGAUGUCUCUCAAAAAGGCAAGUAGCACUGCCCCCUGUGGCGGACAGUAUUUUAUUGAUCAGAAUCGAGUGCUAUUCCAGUCAGGACAAGUUCGAGGGGAUGUUGUUGUUUGAUCAGUCCAAGUUUGGUGGAUUUUGAUGUUACAAAAGUAGGAAAAUCAGAAUUGACUGCUGCUUCAUGCCCUCCUCUCACUUCUUAAAAGUGUUUAUCCAGAAAGCUGGGUGGGUAAAGGUAGACAGAGAAGGUUCAUUUUAAACUGUUCCUUGAUAAGAGUCUAUAGUGCAGGUUUGGGAAGGGACAUAAAUAGCUUUCUUUGAAAAGCCAAUUAACCCACGGAUCUUAGGGUGCUCGGAGUCUCAUUCAAGGACAUACGUAAGAGGCAUUUCCCUGUUUGCACUCCGGGCUCCCACGUCCAGUGAAAUGUAAGAAUGAACUGGGAGAAUUCCAGCCUGUCACUCCUGCUUGUUAGGUACAGUGGAUAUAAACAGGGCAGCUCUGCCGUGCCCCCUGAAGGCAACACAUGCUUCCCCUCGCAUCCAGCUUUUCUUUAGAAGUCUCUGGCCCCCUUCCCCUGCCCACCAUGUACCUCCCUCCUCCGCCCUCUUGUAUUCUUGCCUGAGCGGUGACCUGCCGCACCAGGCACACAGUGCCCUGCGAUCGUCAAGAAAGCCGACUAAUGAGGUGCAUUUGUGUUCUAGCAAUAAUGGGCCUUUAUUUUGACAGAAACACGGGCCUAUGUUGCUGUAGGACCUGAAGUUAGGCCAGCACCAGGUUGUCACCAUAAAGACCACUCAUUCAGCAAGCACCUCUGAGCCCUGGGGGUGCCCGGCCCACUGGCCUGGUGACUCGCACUCUGCCGGGCCAGGAAGGCCCUUUUCUCUCUGAAUCUUCGAGGUUGGGACUGGGCACUCAGCUGCCACAGGUGCUUAAGGAGCCAAGGUGUUAACAUGCAAGGCAGCGGGGAAGCAGGGACAACCUACUGAAAAGCUAGUCCAUUUGUUGUCUCGCUUUGCCAAGGAUUACUCCAUAGCAGUUACACUAAGAGAAGUUGUGCUCAGUGAGACACCAAAUAAGAUGCAAAUCUGAGUUUCUGAUGUGUUCCAUGACCUUCAAUUCUGAAAAAGAAAAAAAUGAAUAAAGGUCUCAAGAAACUGUUGUAUCUUCAUUUUCUCUUAAUACUGCCCUGGCCUGGCUGGAAGCUCCCCCUGUUGGGCAAACAGUACCUGGAGCUCCUGACCAUGUGGUACUGCAGCGUUCAGGACUGCUGUGACAGCGGGGACUGCAGGGUCUCCAACAACUUCACAGGCCUCAAGUCAGACCUGCGAGUACGGCUGCACGGCCAGCACCUGGCCCAGGAAUUGAUCCUGAGAGUGGUGAGGGACUACAUAGAGACGCCCCGGCCGCCGCUCAAGGCGCUGGCCCUGUCACUGCAUGGCUGGUCGGGCACCGGCAAGAACUUCGUGGCUCGGCUGCUGGCGGAGAACCUGUACCGGGACGGGCUGAAGAGCGACUGCGUCCGAGUGUUCAUCGCCACGUUCCACUUCCCUCACCCCAAGUACGUGGAGCAGUACAAGGAGCAGCUGGCCAGGCAGAUCCGGGAGACGCAGCAGCGCUGCCGCCAGACCCUGUUCCUCUUCGACGAGGCCGAGAAGCUGCAUCCGGGACUGCUGGAGGCCCUGGGGUCACAUCUGGAGCGCCAAGCCCCCAGUGAUGACAGGGCCAACACCCCAAGAGCCAUCUUUCUUUUUCUCAGUAACCUCGGAGGCAAUGUCAUCAAUGAGGUGGUCCUGAAUUUGCUUAAGUCCGGACAGCCGCGGGAAGAGAUCACGCUGGAGCAGCUGGUGCCGGGCCUCCAGGCUGAGAUUGCAGAGUCCACAGACAGUGGCUUUGGCCACAGCCGUCUUGUGCAGGAGAAGCUGAUCGACUUCUUCGUCCCCUUCCUCCCGCUGGAGUACCGCCACGUGAAGCUGUGUGCCCGCGAUGCUUUCCGGAGCCAGGAGCUGCUGUACACAGAGGCGGCCCUGGAGGAAAUGGCCAGGAUGAUGGUGUACGUCCCCAAGGAGGAGCAGCUCUUCUCUUCUCAGGGCUGCAAGUCGAUUGCCCAGAGGAUUCACUACCUCCUGCCUUGAGGGCUAGGGGAAGAUUUCCAAGGGGGGCUUCUGCUAGCAGGAUGCUGGGUCCUGUCGGGCACUCAUUGGGGCCGCAGGGGUGAAGGGCAGGCUGGCAUCCAGAAGGCUGUCACUCAGAAUGAGAGCCAAUCCCAGGAACCACUUGGUGCCUUCAAGCCCCACAUUCUAGUGGGGUUCAGGGGUGGAGAAAGCCCCGCUGGUCUCCAGACUGGUGUCCUUGGCACCCCCGAGCUGUGGGCGUGAUCUUCCAGGUAGGGCACUGGAAGAUGAAGCUCCCAUGGCCACAGACGUGGAUCAGCUUUCAAGCUGUCCCUCCCAAAGGAAAGCUGCUGAGCCACCUUCUGGGGGCAGAGCAGCCCAGAGCUUCGGGAUGAAGUGCACAGGUGGAUUUUAACUUUAAAAUCUUAACUAAGGUAGUUUCUGUUUCCAGAUCU